UCAACUGUUCGAUUUGGUGAUUCAUAAUAUUAUGUUGGUUUAUAUAUCGUGCGCGUCGUAGUGGUCAAUAUUCACUGUAGAACUUUGUUCAAACUGCGACGCAUUACCGUGUCAGUGUGUACUUCGUAAAAAUUUAAAAUUCUGUUUUUGACUAUUUUGAAAUAUAUCAGCCAUGGAAGACCAAGUUCCUUUUAAAGUUUAUACAUUCUGGACUGAGAAUGGCAAGCCAGAAGUCCGAAGAUUUGGUGUAGAGAAGAGUGUUGUCACCAGCUUUCACUAUCUGAAUGCCAAGCUCCAGGAUGUGUAUCCUGGUCUCAAAACGAAGACCUAUUCCGUAGCCUGGAAAGAUGAGGAUGGCGAUAAUGUUGUUAUUUCAUCGGAUGAUGAAGUGAUGACUGCAUUGCAAGUGUUGGGUGGAGAUGUCAUCAGGCUGUUUGUCUACUGCAAGUCCGAGGAACCCAAGGAUGAGGGCUGUGAUAUUGUAUUCACAGCUGUAGCUGGCAAUCCUACUGAAGCUCCGGGUGCCCCAGCAGUUCACUAUGGAGUGGUGUGCGAUUCAUGCGAUGGUUCCGUUGUCGGCUUCCGCUACAAGUGUUCCAUCUGUGAUGACUAUGACUUGUGCUCAAGAUGCGAAGCCGCAGGCCGUCACCCGGAACAUUGCAUGAUCCGAGUGCCAGCGCCGGCCAUGCCUCGCACUAUCAUCAAGGCUGCGAUCAAACGGUCUCGCCAUUUCUUGAAGUCUGUUGCUAAUGCAAUGGGCGAGGACUGCCCCUACAAGAAACACCGCAGCGAAAGGGGUUCUGAGAAAAAGCACCGCCAUGGCCACGGCGGCCACCACGGCCCCCACGCCGAGCGCGGGCCGCACCACGGGCCGCACGACGACCACCACCGCCGCCGCACUCGCGUCAGCUGGCUCGACACCUUUGCUACUUACAUGAAUGAGUUCGCCAAUCUCGCAGGAGAUAUUGAUCUCGAUGACCAUAAGCCAAAGACCCCUGAAACUAAGACAGGUACUGGAACUCAGGGACAGACAACCGAAACGCAAGCUCAAACUCCUCAAGAGAGCCAGGAGAAGGCACAGCCAAGCGCCCAAUCAACUGAAGCUCCUAAACAACCAGAGCCAAGUACCUCUGCAAAUGCUCAAACUCAAUGCCCAUUCAAUACACCUAAGCCAUUUAAUGUUGAUCAACUUAUGGAGCUUGUAGAGAUGUUUAUUGGAAGGAAUGGCAAUCCAUUUGUGCCCCCAGCACCUCAGGCUCAACCUUCAGCACCUGCUAAUACUACUGCCCCCACAUCAACUCAAACUUUUGAUGUGGAAAUGGGACAAGGAGACAGGAAGUCGCCUGAGACUGAGACUGUUGAUGCUCCUGCUAAGCCAGCAUCUUCUUCCGCAUCCAGUGUUAGUGAUUACGCAAGGGAUGCUUCACCAGAUAAGGCUGAUGACUGGACCCUGAUUAACAAGGAAAAAGAUUUGAUGGACACGGCUAGUGCACUGCCCGAAACCCCUGCUCCCAUCGGCUUCAACUUGCCCCAAGAGUUCCAAGAGCGCGUCAAAAUCGCCGAAGGUGGUUUGUACCCACCACUGAACACCUCAACUGCAGCUGACGGUUUAGUGUUGAAUCCUAAAGAGCCCGAAGUGCUGAAGCCAGUCCCGGCGACUGCUCCACCCGCGCCGGCCGCAGCCCCCAAGCCGCAGGAGAAACCUACUCCUACUCCUGCACCGCAACCCCAGCCCCAACCACAGCCUAGGCAGCGCCAUCCAAAACCACAUAUUGAUGCGGCGAUCCAGCAUAUGCUGGCUAUGGGCUUCACCAACGACGGCGGCUGGCUGACUCAACUACUUGAGAGUAAGGAUGGCAACAUCGCUGCUGUGUUGGACCUUCUUACACCCGUCAAGAAGUAAACUUCAACAUUAUAAGUUAUUUUGUUAUUUUACUAUGUUAUUGCCUACUGAUUACUAUGUUGCUCUUAUAAUAUUCAUGUGAUUUGUCUCUGUAGUUCUAUACAUAUAUCUAUGAGACAUGUAACUUUAGAUGUGAUUGAGAAUAUGUUGAUAUAAUUAGUAAUGUAGAAUGUAGUAAUGGUAUAUAAGUAUGGACUUAGCCAUAAACCAUUUGUAGGUGCAGGGAUAUACGUUAUAUUAUAUACUAUAAACAUGUAUCCUUCUAGUAGUAGUUUUAACUAUCUUCUCUGUUACUUUGGAUCUUGCCUAACUUAGUUUUUGAUUGAAAUGUAUUUAAUAUAUUGCAUUAUUAUUUCACAUUCCUAAUACAGAUUUUUUUAUUAUAUCUUACUUACUUAUCACUUUGGAUAUAGGUAUUUUAAGUUGUAAUUAAAUUCUAAAACAUUACAAUUAUGCUGUGUGGAUACAAAACGAUUGUGAUAUUUGGUUAUGACUGAAUUUAUAUAGUAAUAUGUAUUUAGAGACAUUAUUAGGUAUUUUAGAAUUUAAUUCUUUGUAUAAUGCAUAAACCAUUAUGUAUGUAUGGUUAUAUUAAAUUUAAUUAAUGGUAGUAUCAAUAAAGGAAUUAAAGGUAA